AUGACCAACACAAAGGGAAAGAGGAGCGUGUCUCAUAUGUUCUCCAGGCCUUUUUGGAAACAUGGGGUUGUUCCUAUGGGUACACACAUGGGAAUCUACAAGAAGGGUGAUAUUAUAGAUAUCAAGGGAAUGGGCACUGUUCAGAAAGGAAUGUCCCUUAAGUGUUACCAUGGUAAAACCAGAAGAGUCUGCAGUGUCACCCAGCAUGCCUUGGGCAUCACUGUAAACAAGCUAGUUAAGGCCAAACUUCUGGCCGAGAGGAUCAAUGUGGGGAUUGAGCACAUCAAGCCCUCAGAGAACAGAGGCAGCUUCCCGAAGCGGGUGAAGAAUAAUCAGAAGGAAAAGGAAGCCAAAGAGAAGGGCACCUGGUUUCAGCUGAAGUGCCAGCCUGCGCCACCCAGAGAAGCACACUUUGUGAGGAGUAACGGGAAGGAGCCUGAGAUGUUGGAGUUCGUACCAUACAAAUUCAUGGCCUAA